AUGGGUGGUGGAGGCGACGGUGGUGGUUGGUGGCGGUUGGUGGCGAUGGUGGCGGCAACGGGGGUGGUUGGUGGCGGCAACGGUGGUGGUUGGUGGCGAUGGUGGCGGCAAAGGUGGCGGUGGGUGGUGCCAGCAGUGGUGGUUGGUCGUGGCGGUGGUAGUGGUGUCGAUGGUGGUGGUGGGUGGCGGCGACGAGUGACGUUGGCGGUGGUGGUUGGUGGCGGCGGUGGGUGGCAACGGUGGCGGGUGGGUGGCGGCGGCGGUGGCGGUGGAGGUAGUGACGUGUCACAACCCCCGACCCCAACCUGGGAACGGGAGCCGUGA